CUCUCAGCAUGAACCCUAUCCAGAGUUUCCACUGUAAGCUGCGGGGUCUGGCCGCCGUGCUGGACGGCGAGGCGGCCCGGCUGCUGCGAGCGCUGGACGGCGAGGACGGCGACUUGGAAGAUUCGCCAAUGAGAAUUUUAUAUGACCUUCACUCAGAAGUUCAGACUCUAAAGGAUGAUGUUAACACUCUUCUUGGUGAAGCAAGAUUGGAAAGUCAAGAAAGCACACGUUUCAUAAAGGCAACAAAAGUACUGAUGAAAAAAAAUUCAGCAGACAUCGUGAAACUGAGGGAGUUUUUCCAGAAGUAUGGCUAUCAAGCACGUGACAAGGAAGAGUCAGUAUGUGAGCACAAAGUCAGUGCCUCGGCCUCAGAGUUGGCUGUGUGUGACGACGUUCAGAAGCCUGCUGUGGGGGACGAGCCGUCUGAUCCAUGUGUUCCGAGCACUUCUGUCUCUGAGAAGCCCCUACGCAGCCCACAGCUUUCAGACUUUGGACUGGAGCGGUACAUAGUCUCCCGAGUCCCACCAAACCCUCCCCAGACAGCUGACAGCCUUAAAGAAGAACGCAUAUCUGAAACCCCUCCUGCCAAAGAUUCUUCUGUCACAGUGCUAAAGACUCCCCGGUGUGCUCUGAAGAUGGAUGAUUUUGAGUGUGUAACUCCUAAAUUAGAACACUUUGGUAUAUCUGAAUACACUAUGUGUUUAAAUGAAGAUUAUACCAUGGGACUUAGAAAUAUGAAGAACAUGAAAAGUUCCCCUCUGAAUAGUGCCAGUGGAGAGGCCAUAGGGACAGGGCCUGUGACCAGUGAGAAUUCUUUAGCCAUUCCUGGUUCCAUAAUCGAGCAGCUGGAAAAAACUGAUGCUGAAUACACAAAUUCACCAUUGCCACCUAAAUUAUGCACUCCUGGUUUGAAAAUUCCGUCUACAGUGAACAGUGGAGCUUUGGUAUAUAAAAAUUAUCCAAAACCAAAUAGUUCAUCAAGUGAUUUGGAAGUUAAAGACUGUGAUCCAUUAAUUUUAAAUUCAGAUGAAUGCUGUGAGAAUUUUGCAGACCCCCCUUCUACAAUUACUUCUUGUGAAAAUAUCAGAACACCUUCUCCUCCAGAAGUCACUGCAAUUCCAGAAGAUAUUCUCCAGAUGUUAACAAAGCACAACUCAAACCUAGCUACUCCAUUGGAGGUAAAAGCAAUGCCAUCCAGGAAAGGCUUCCUCAGGUACGGGGGGCAGAGCAUCCGAGGUGCUGCCAAUAAGGAAAACUGGUGACGCCACUGCAGAACGCACCUGUGUUACUACCCGAGGCAUUUGAGAAUGGGAAUUCUAGUGUGGAUACAUCCAAUAAAGAAGCUGGACAGCAACGGGGAAGCAAGCUGGACUUAAGUUUUCUCGAAUCUUCUAUUUGAAAUUUUAGCUGGUUAACACAGAGAGACCAGUGAGAUGGAAUGAGGGCUCACGGCUGGGUCUUUCUUCUUUCAGUUUUUGUUUUAUUUCAUUCUUACAUUAAUGUUUCUGUUCCGCCAGCUUGUGUUGGCCUCUCUAGCUUGGCCACCCAGCAGAUCUGAACUUCAUUCUUUCUGGAAGUUCUGGACACCUACCCUGAGCCAGGAGCCUUGGGAACAUCUUGAUUCUAGACCUAUCUAAUAUCCUUCUAGGCCCAAGAUUCUUCUGAUCCAAGAACAGCUAGAAAGUGGUUCUCUUUAAGUUCAUGACAGUGCUUUUAGGAAAGUCUUGCACUGCCACCAGUAGGGGAAUGAGGAGCUGGUGUUCUAGAGACCAGCUAAAAUUCUGAGAGGAAAUAAUCGGCAAAUACCAUCAGGUACUUAAUGGGCUUAGGGAAUUUUCCUUUUUUUUUUUUUUUUUUCUAACCCCCCGAGACAGGGUUUCUCUGUGUAGCCCUGGCCGUCCUGUGUCCCAGAACUCUCUAUAGACCAGGCUGGCCUUGAACUCAGAGAUCCAUCUGCCUCUGCCUCCCAAGUGCUGCGAUUAAAGGAAUGUGCCACCACCGCCCAGCAGCUUUAGGAAAUUUUGUGUGGCAUAAGGAUUAUUCUAAUUAUGCAUUGGAAAUUAAGUGGAAGAAUUCCAGGAUAAUUCUAAGUAUUUGUAUAAAUUUGUUACAUAAUAAAACGAUUUUCAGAGUAAAACUCUAGCCCACCUUUUGUGUGCUGCUGACUCUGAAAUUUUUUUCAGCCCUUUUCACUACAUGGCGUUUGUGGCCAUGAAUCCACAUAACUGAGAGACUGCUGAGGGGGUGAAGAGUGGCUGGGGAGAAGGCUCCGUGGCUAAGAGUGCUUGUUGCUUCCAGGUACCCAUGUGGUAGUUCACAUCCAUCUAUAACUCCAGUUCCAGGGCAUCUGAUGCCCUCUUCUGACUUCAUGGGCACCGGGCACACAGCUGCGGUACACAUACUACAUGCAAGCAAAACAUAAAAUACAAUGAGUAAAUCUAAUACAAUUUUUAAAGAAAAGUGGGAAGAGCAGAGUGUUCUAGCAAAGGUCAAGAGAGGCUAGUGACGCAGGAAGAAGGAUUUCAGGCAGAGCGGUCGUUCGUUUCGGUGCUGCCGAGACUACGGAGGCUUGAGGUUUGGGGGUCAGGGUUGUCAAAGUUGAUGUUAAUUCUUGACGUGAAGUUUGGGGUGGACUGAUGAAAACGGGCUGGGGGGGCGGGGAAAGAGAGCAGGUUUGGGAACUCUGGAGUUUUGCUAAACAGUUAAAAAAUGGAUGGGGCUAGAAGGGAAAGACAAGACAGGUUUUUUCAAGGUUAGUGGUAGACCUUGGCCCCUCAGACUAUAUAAAUGUGUUCCCCUGAGCUUCACCCUCAGCACUUCCCUACUCGCCAUAGCUUGUUACUUGGAAUGAUGCUUCUAGUUCUCAAGCUGCACACGCUGUGGUCUUUCCAGGGUGUUUUCCCAUUGUUCUUUUUAAAUGAGAUCCAAGAUCUUUACUGUGGCCUAGGUGAUUGCUCUCCUGCAAUGGGUGCCUUAGCCACACCAGUUUUCAGCUUCCUGCCUUGGGUCUUACACUUUUCUGCCGACUCUUCUUCAUUCUCUUAUGUCUUCAGUUGACAGUUGACAUUGUUUGCCUCCUUCUCUACACUUAAGAACUUACGGCUCACUGGGCGAUGGUGGCACACACCUUUAGUUCCAGCACUCAGGAGGCAGAGGCAGAUGGAUCUCUGAGUCCAGGGCCAACCUGGGCUACAGAGCGAGUUCCAGGACAGCCAGGGCUACACAGAGAAAUCCUGUCUCGAAAAUCCAGGAAAAGAACAACCAAACAGCAUAGCAAACUCUGGCACAGUGCUGGGGGAUAUGUGCAGAGGCACACCUGGAGCCAUGUGGAGUGAGUCUACCUGGACACAGCCCACACAGGCCCUACCUAGACAGGUAAGAUUCCUCCAUUGUGAGCUGGAGGCCAGCUAGCUAUGCCAGGGACUUCCCAUAUAAAUGAUCAUAAACAGCUGUGCUUUACGCUACUUGGAGUUGGUUGUAAACAAUGAAGAGGGUUGGUUCCAGAUCCCAGCUCUUGAAUGCUGUAUUGUCUGUCACACUAAGUAGAACUUAUACUGUUUAUCUGAGUGUAAACUCAUAUUCACCUCCCACAAGGCUGCCUGCUGGACCCUUGCUUUCUGUGGCUUUUACCCUUGUCUCAUGCUUGCUUAACUAGUGAUCGUAUCAGUUACUGAGAUUUUAUUGUCAUUUUGAUUCUAAAUGCUGUUUAUGUAAUUCUUACAUUGGAGGUAGGCAGGUGGCAUUUCAGAAGAGGAAACAAGCAUUAUUUUCCUCAUGUCCUAUUUUACACGGUAUUGCAAAGCUCCGAUGGUCUCUAAAAUCUGGUAUGUUCUCUAACUCAGUUCUCACCUUGGCUGCAUAAUCUGGUAUUUCUACCUCCUCCUUUGAUUAUUGCCAACACUACAUAAAAAGUUGAUGAGAACCCUGGGGUGUGGCUCAGUGGCUGUGCUUGCCUAACAUGUGAAGGACCCUGCGUUUGAUUCCCAGCACCACAAAAGGUGCAUGUGGCUCUUCUGUUUACUGAGUCCUUUAUCUGGAGUAGAAAUAUCAUCUCACAUUUUUGGGAGUUGGGACGGGCUCACACCAUCUCCAGAAUUGUACCACGUGGUUUCAGCAGUUACCUUUUCAUGACACUUACUCUUUUCAUCCUCAUGUUUUAAGGUUCUGUCUCUGAUCUUUAAGUCACCUGUUGUCACUGCUGGAAAGUCUGACUGCAGUGAAUCAGAAACAAGAAACAGUGUAAGUUUUCUGUCGGUUUCUGAUUACUAUCUGAAAAUUCACCUCAUUCACAUUCAAAUUUUAGUUGGGUACAACCAGACCUCUAAGUCCAAUAGCAGGAUGUUGAGAAGUUCAAGGCCAUCCCGAUCUACAUAGAGUUCACCAGGACUACAGCGAGACACCAUCUCAAAAAAUGUUUUUAUUUAAGUUACUGUACAUGAAGUUUCCUUGGAAGUGGUUAAAGCAGCUGAGUAGGGUUAGGACAUCAGAAUAGCUUAAGGUGCAGAGCAGAAGGGCAGGCACGUUUCCCUCUAUGGAAACAGCUGACACUGGGCUGUGUGCCAAGUUCUCAGUCACCUGGCUAGGCAUGCCAGGCAGUGGUGGCGCAUGCUUUUGAUCCCAGCACUCAGGAGGCAGAGGCAGAUCCAUGAGUUCAGAGCCAGCCUGGUCUACAGGGCAAGUUCCAGGAUAGCCAGGGCUAUACAGAGAAACCCUGUCUUGAGAAACCAAACCCAAAAUGUCUCACCACAGCACCUUUCCAGGGUAAUGACUGUAACAUUCCCAGAUGAACUGCUUAUUAAAAUGACUUGUGUUUAGUAUUAAUAAUGCUUUGUGCCGGGUGUAGUCCCCCAUGCCUUUGAUCCCAGGAUAGAAAGCAGAGGCAGGUCAGAUCUCUGAAUUCUAGGCCAGCCUGGUCUACACAGUGAGACCUUAUCUCAAAAACAAGGGCUACAGAGAGCACUUGUUUUUUUUUUUCAGAGGAGUUUGGUUCCCAGCAUCCACAUGCAGACUCACAGCUAAUUGUCUGUAGUGCCAGUUCUGGGGGUCUAACACUACCGUCUGACCUCUAAGUGGACCAUGCAUCCACAUGAUAGACAUAUGCAGGCAAACACUCACACAUCAAAUAAAAAUUGUAUGUUCAGAUGCUCUGUGGGCCAGUGAGAUGGCUCAGUGGGUAAAGGUGCCUGCUACCAAGGCUGACAACCUGAGUUUGAUCUCUGAGACUCAAUGGUGGGAGCAGAGAACCAAUUCCCAAGAGUUGUCCUGACUCACACUCCCCUUCCUCCAAACAAAUAAAUAAAUAAAUGUAAUUUAUCUCAAUCUUAGGUUUUAGCUUACUGCCCCUAGGAAUUUCCUCAUUUGGGGGGAAAAAAGAAUCUAAUUUUUGUCUUCCAAGAAUGGUUACCUGGUCAAGAUUAAUCCUAAUAGGAUAAAUACUUUUAGAAGCUUAUUUGAUUGCCAGCCCUAGGAAAUCAUAGCCAUUGGCAAGUGUUUAAGGCAACAAACCAGACAAGCCGUCAUUCUGCUACUCUCAACCACCUUCAA